AUGCUGGCGGCCUGCACUGUGGGGCCGGGUACGGUGGUCACCUGCGCGCGGGCCGGGGCCGAAUAUCAGCUGCACUUUGUCUGGGCCUUGCUUUUUGCAUCCUUUCUGGCCUUCACGCUCCAGGAGGGCGCCGCGAGGCUGACGAUCGUCUCGGGCAAGACGUUGGGGCAGUGCAUGCAGGAGAAGCAUGGCGCAGUGCUUCUCAAGCACGGCAUCACAGGUCCAGUGCCGAAGCUGUGCUGGGCAAUGGCCGUGGCCGUGUACUGCGGCAACUUGCUGUACGAGUGCAACAACUUUGCAGGUGGCAUUGAUGCCCUCUACUCGUUUCCAGGUGCGGCAGGGGUGCCUGGGAGAUGGCUGCAGAUCGGCGGCUGCUUUGCCUAUGCCGCUGCAGUUCUGGGCAUCAUGUACCUUGACAAAGCUGAUGCUAUCGGAGUCGGCCUUGGAAUCUCGAUGAUGGGCAUGGUCGUACUUUUCUUGGCGGUGGCCCUCACUGUUGGCUGCUCGUGGCGCGACCUUCUCCUCGGCACUUUGCCAUCACUUCCUCAACGAUCGCCUCUGCACAACGCUGCGGCUCCAUGCGAUACAGCACUCAGCUUGGUUGGCACCACGGCGAUAGGAUUCAAUGUCUUCCUCAGUGGUUCCAUGGCCCGGCAGAAGACGCUGGCGGAGUGCCGGCGAGGUAUUGCGUUCUCUACGUUGUCAGCCUUGAUCGUUUCGGUGUUGAUCCUGAUCGUCGCUUCCAGUGUCUUCAAGGCACAAGCUGGUGCUGCUGGUCGGUUUUCCAUCAUCGACCUGGCCGACUCCAUCUAUGGAUACUUCGGUACAGCAGGCACGACGUUCUUCGCACUGGGCUUCGUGUCGGCGGCUCUCAGUUCAAUGCUGACGGUCAUCAUGGGAUCUGCUAUGGCCUCUGAGGGUCUCCUCCUCCAGCCGACCCAGGAUGCCGAGGGCCAGCUUGUGCAGCCCAAGCUGAAGCCACGCUCUUAUUGGUCCAUCGCCAUCAGCAUGGUGUCCAUCGCGGUCUUCGUCAUCUGUGUGAACCUUCCUCGACCCUCUGUCAUCCUGGUGGCGCAGCUAUUCAAUGGAAUUCUGCUGCCCUUCUACUGCAUCUCAUUGUUGCUCUGCCUCACGGACAACACGUUCAUGGCCGAUGCGCCACAGAGCUUGUUUGCCAACGUGUGUCUCUACGCAUCAGUGACGGUGGCAUUCAUCCUGGCCUGGCGAGUGGUGGUCCUGAAAAUGGCAAUGCUGUUCUUUCUGAUCACAGGUGACGAAAUGGUUGAUAUAGCCGGCCCGGUACUCCUUGUGGCCACGUGCCUUGCAGCGCUGUCCAUGUUCCGACGUAGGAUCCUGGGUUCCAACUUGGAUUUGAGCGGGGCUUCAAGGCCUGUCGAACCCGCUAAUUGCCGCCAGUUCUGUGUCUUCGUCAAUGAACUUGCAGAUGGAGUGGAGCUGCGAAGGCAUGCCCCGACCAUUCGUUCGUUGGCCCUGGUGGCACAUGUAGAGAUGGGCCCCUGCCUUCCUCAGCGAACUUGCCCGAGUCGAGAUGACGUGCAGCAUUCCGAGAGGAAGUCAGACGUUCGGCUACGGCUAUCGCUGGUCGCAGAUCGGCUGGAGAAUGCAGUCCUCGAGUUGGGGAUGGAUGCAGCCGCGCUGCGGCGGCGACUGGCUCAGCGCCGUGGGCGCAGCCGAACGGAAGUGCCCGUCCCUGUCACGGUGCACAUCUACGACGUGACUGGAAACGGUGCAGUGCAGCAGCUUAACCAGGUUUUCCGGGCAGUCGGCACUGGUGCCUUCCACGCAGGUGUGGAAGUCUAUGGUCGGGAGUACAGCUUCGGGUACAGCGAUGACGGAGGCUCUGGGAUCUUCGACUGUGAGCCCAAGGAGUGCAGCAGUCACACUUACCGCGAGGCCGUCGACGUGGGUUCUACCAGGCUCAGUGCGGACGAGGUCGCUGCGGUGCUCGACUGCAUGGCCUCGGACUGGCCGGGCUGCGGAUAUGAUCUCCUCAGGCGGAACUGCUGUAGCUUCUGCGAUGCCCUGUGCAUCGAGCUGGGCGUUGGGCCGAUGCCAACCUGGGUCUCCAACCUUGCGGCCGCGGGCGCGUCCCUCAGCGAUGCGGCGCUGGAUCUGCGCCGACGAGCCGUUGAGGUGGGCGGAGACCUGCCUCUUCAGCCUCCUGCAGCGGAGGACCUUGCAGCUUGGGUUCAGCGUGCAGCCGAACAGGUCAAGAUGCUGGAUGAGGCGAAUCAGUUCUCAAGCCGUGCGCAGGAAUUGGCUGAAGAAGCUGGCAAUCAGGUGCGGGCUUUGGAUGAAUCCCACGGCCUGAGCCAGAAGGCUGCUGCAUUUGUGGAAGCCGCGGCCAUCCGCAGCGGAGAUGCAGAGCGCUCCCUUCGAUCCUCCUUGCAGCAGCUCUGGGCUUCAGAGUCAAUUGACAGUCUGCUAUGA